AUGUUCGGUGGAGGAGAGACGGCGCCGCCGCCAAAACAAGACGAACUUGAGCCACAUCCGGUGAAAGAUCAACUUUCUUCUAUCUCUUAUUGCAUCACCAGUCCUCCUCCUUGGCCGGAGGCAAUACUUUUGGGUUUUCAGCAUUACUUGGUGAUGCUUGGGACAGUUGUUCUCAUCCCAACAUCGUUAGUUCCACAAAUGGGUGGAGGAAACGAAGAGAAGGCAAAGAUGAUUCAGACAUUGCUUUUUGUUUCGGGAAUUAACACUUUACUUCAAAGCUUAUUUGGGACUCGUCUUCCCGCCGUCAUUGGAGCUUCUUACACCUAUGUACCGACCACGCUUUCGAUCAUCUUGGCUGGUCGGUACAGCGACAUUUUGGAUCCUCAGGAGAAAUUUAAGAGGAUCAUGCGCGGAAUCCAGGGUGCUCUUAUCGUUGCCUCGAUUCUUCAGAUCGUUGUUGGCUUCAGCGGGCUUUGGCGCAAUGUAGUUAGGCUCUUGAGUCCUCUCUCUGCAGUUCCUCUGGUAGCGCUAGCCGGUUUUGGACUUUAUGAGCUCGGUUUCCCUCUGGUAGCCAAAUGCAUUGAGAUUGGCUUGCCUGAGAUCAUCCUUCUACUCGUAUUCUCACAGUACAUUCCUAAACUCAUGCGAGGAGAAAGACAAGUUUUCCAUAGAUUUGCUGUGAUUUUCUCUGUGGUUAUUGUCUGGAUUUACGCGCACUUACUUACCAUUGGUGGAGCCUAUAAGAACACAGGAACUAAGACUCAGGCAAGUUGCAGAACAGACCGUUCUGGCCUCAUUGGUGGCGCUCCAUGGAUAACAGUGCCUUAUCCUUUCCAAUGGGGACCUCCAACAUUUCAUGCGGGUGAAGCUUUCGCUAUGAUGGCUGUUUCAUUUGUUUCCCUUGUUGAGUCCACAGGGACUUACAUUGCUGUAUCGAGGUACGCAAGCGCAACUCCUCCCCCGCCUUCCGUUCUCAGCCGUGGAAUUGGUUGGCAGGGCGUUGGAGUUCUUCUAUGUGGAUUAUUUGGAGCAGGAAAUGGAGCAGCAGUAUCUGUAGAAAAUGCGGGCUUGUUAGCGCUAACACAAGUUGGUAGCAGAAGAGUAGUUCAAAUAUCAGCCGUAUUCAUGAUCUUCUUCUCCAUUCUUGGUAAAUUUGGGGCCCUCUUUGCUUCGAUUCCAGCUCCUAUCGUCGCAGCAUUAUAUUGCUUGUUCUUCGCAUACGUUGGUGCUGGUGGACUAUGUUUACUUCAGUUCUGUAAUCUAAACAGCUUCAGAACAAAAUUCAUCCUCGGAUUCUCGGUCUUCAUGGGAUUAUCGAUACCACAAUACUUCAACCAGUAUACAGCUCUUAACAAGUAUGGACCCGUUCACACAAGAGCAAGAUGGUUCAAUGAUAUGAUCAAUGUUCCAUUCUCUUCUGAAGCAUUCGUGGCUGGGAUAUUAGCAUUCUUUCUUGAUGUAACUUUGCCAUCCAAAGACAGCGAGACGAGGAAAGAUCGGGGCAUGUUUUGGUGGGAUCGUUUCAGGUCGUUUAAAUUGGAUACAAGAAGUGAAGAGUUUUACUCUUUACCAUUCCAUCUCAACAAGUAUUUCCCCUCUAUGUGA